AUGCCAUCAGUGCUAGGAAGUAGCUCCUGGCCUCAAACAGCUGGAUACCGCCGAUUGCAAGCACUCACGCCGUAUAUCGCACCACUGUCAUUCAACGUUCCGCCGCCGGUAGAGCAGCGAAAUGCUCUCGAUAGAAUGGCUGCGAAGCAGAUUGAACGACGUAUCAAGAAGAAAGAACAAAAGGGCUACAGCUCAGACUCCUGUUCUGGUGCAGAGUCUAGCAUCAGCUCCGACGAAGAGUCCACCCUGGUAUCUCAUGGUGAGGUCUACGGUAAACAAAAGAGAAGAGCAGACAAAGCGGAGCGCAAACGAGUAAAGAAAGAAGAGAAGAAGGCGCGAAAGGAAGAAAGGAGACCCAAGAAGCAGGACCAGAAAGGGGAAAAGGCUCAUGGUAAGAAGGGUAAGAAGUUGGAGAAGGAGCAGAAGAUGGUCGAGAAGAUGGAGUACAUCGUCAUUGAGUCGUUGGACGGGUGGAUGUAA